AUGAAGGAGAGGCAGCCGAGGAAAUUUGUCUUCGGAAGCAAAAUUGACGUCAGCAAGACGAACAUGGCCGCCUCUAGUGUCGCAGGGGGGUCUGGCACUUUCAUUGGUUUUGAUUUCAGCACUCAGCAAAUCAAGGCCGUUGUCAUCGACGAUAGACUCAAUGUUGUCCAAGAAGCCCACGUUCAACUCGACAGUGACCUCCCUGAAUACAGAACCCAUGGGGGCGUUUAUAUACACGAAGACAGAAAGACUGUCACGUCACCUACCAUCAUGUGGGUGAAAGGUCUGGACAUGUUGAUGGAUCGCCUGAGGGUCAAGGGUGUUGAUAUUUCUGCCAUUAAAGGACUCUCUGGUACUGCACAACAACAUGGCACUGUAUACUGGAAGAAAGGUGCCAGAGAUCUUCUCAAGUCACUUGAUCCAGACCGUUACUUACACGAACAGCUCUUUGAUGCCUUUGCUAUUCGAGAAUCUCCCAUCUGGAUGGAUUCCAGCACAACUGCUUUCUGCAAGGAGUUUGAGGAGAAAUUAGGAUCCCCUCAGAGAGUAGCUGAUAUCACUGGUGCAAGGGCAUUUGAGAGAGCCUCUGGAAUGCAGAUUGGAAAAAUAUACCACACAAUGCCAGAUGCAUAUAUGGCAACUGAGAGGAUAUCUCUGGUGAGCAGUUUUGCUUGCUCAUUAUUCCUUGGGGACUAUGCACCGAUUGAUACUGGUGAUGGAAGUGGAAUGAACCUCCUCGACAUCCAUCAGAAAGAUUGGUCAGCUGAAUGCCUUGAUGCAGUGGCUCCUGAUCUGAGGGAGAAGCUAGGUGAAGUUGAGUAUGCCAGCAAGUGUUUGGGACACAUUGCCCCUUACUUUGUGGAAAGAUACAGUUUUGAUCCACAGUGAAUUUGCUUGAAGGACCAUGAUGUAGCAGUGAGUCUGGGAACAAGUGAUGUUGUAUUUGCAUGUGUAUCAGACCCUCAGCCAGCUCUUGAGGGGAAUCUCUUCUGCAGUCCCAUUAACACUGAUGGCUACAUGCUCCUUCUUUGUUACAAGAAUGGUUCAUUGACUCGUGAAAGGAUCAGGGAUAAAUUUGCUGAAGGUUCCUGGGACAUUUUUACAAAAUUGCUUGAGAGUAUUCCAAGAGGAAACUUUGGAAACAUUGGGAUGUACUGGGAUAAGGAGGAGAUUGUUCCUCCAUUGGUGAAAGGUGACUUUCGUUUCAACAAGGCUGACCUUCCUGCUGCUUCUGGUUCCUUCCCUGCCCCAGAAAUGGAAAUUCGGGCCCUUGUUGAGGGACAGUUUCUUUCCAAGAGACUUCAUUGCCAGAGGCUGGGUUUCACAAUCAGUCCUUCGACAAGAAUUCUGGCUACAGGUGGUGCCAGCAAGAACACUGCCAUCCUUCAGGUUUUGGCUGAUGUCUUCAAUGCCCCUGUGUAUGUGCAAGGACUUCCCAAUUCAGCCUGUCUUGGAGCUGCCUUCAGGGCAAAGCAUGUAGCAACUGAAUCUCAUCUACCAUAUCAUGAAUCUGUCACUUCCCCUGGUUUCCAGCUCAUUUGCGAGCCUAAUGGAGAUGCUCAGCAGGUUUAUGAUGAAUUGUUGAAGAGGUAUGAAGAACUGGAGGAUGGAAUUGCAGCAAGGUUCAGUCAAGCAUCUUGAGUAGUUUACAGUUUCCACAUGCUGAUCCAUGACAUCAUCACGAGCUAGCUUGAUGUGGUGUGAGAACCCCUCUAAUGCACUUGCAUACUCGCAGCACCUGUGAUUUGCAUAAUUGGAUUAUAUUUUGUCACUACCAUUUUUAUGAUAUUGAUCCUGUUAUAGGUGGCUUUGCAUAAUCACCAUUCCUUGCUCACUUCCAGAAUGGGAUAUUACACUAUAAUAUCAGGUGAAGCUAAAAUGAAGUAUCAUGAGAAAAAGCUGAAUCUGAGUAUGCACAGUCAUGCAAACCAUAGUAAAUUUGCUGCUAAGCUAAUUGUGUUAUAUGAUGAUGUUGCUGUGCCCAUCUCAUAAUUUUCACUGCAAAGUGCAAAGAAUCAUAGUAAUUCUGCCAAAGUUGGUCUAUGCCCAAAUACUACAGUGGUGUAUGCCUUGGAAGCUCUUUGAAUACUUUUUUUCAGAUUUAUCCUUCAUCAAAUUUAAAAUUCCUUUAUUCCUCAAGGCAUUGUUCAAGUAUUGGUGUGCAUUUACAGUUAUUUCAUGUUCCAUUAGACUUUCCUCUCACAAAUACUGCAUUCAGCUGUAUGGUAUGCCUAUAUCAGUCUGCCAGCUCCUUGCACACUUCUUGAAUGAGAAAAAUCCAUCCACUUUCCCUUUACUUGUCAUAUUGGGGAAAGGGAUGCACUUUCAUUUUAGAGGUUUCCCUCUUGAAUUGGUGCUCCCCUAAACAGCCGAGGUGUAACAAAAUGAAGAAUCCCACAAGAAAUGAGAAUGGUGAUACAAUGGAAGAGUUGCAAGGGAAGCACAAGAAACAUCAAUAGGUCAGCCAGACUCUAAGACUGCUUAGAAAAUGAUAAGAGUAAGUAACCAGCUGGACACAGCACUCAAAGUCCUUUGCAACUUCUUUAUUAGGUUCAUAGGACUGUGCCUACUCAAGAGUUCAUUUGUCUCCUCAUGAGCCUUGUGCUACCUAGGUGUCCUUUAAAAAGAGAUAAAGUAAAGGUUUCUAUUUUUUUGCUGAGCAUACGUUUCCAUGAUUGCAAGCUAUUGUUUGAUUCUGUUGAUGUAGCACAUGGAACAGCAACGUUGCUAACAUUUGGGCCUUGGAUUGGCAUUAAAUGCUAACAUUUGCUUAGGGGCAUUGUUGUAAUACAUGAGCAGAGACUGAUCAGGGCAGCACUUUCAAUGUGUGAUGGAGUUAAAUUGCUGCCUGGGUUCCCUUGACUGCUUGCUUUUCCAGUAUCCUUGGAUAUGUAGAGAUGGCAUCCUAAAAUACUAACAUAAGAACAUAUGCAAAACACUAUAGUCAUCUCAUAGAUAGCUUAUUGGAUUCUUGUUCCUUUCCCAUGAUUUGUUGCCUUGAGUUAGGACAUGUUCAAUUGGAAAAGGAAGGAGGAUGAAUCAUCUUUCAUGGCCUUGUGUUGCUUUCAAUUGUAGCCUCUUUUCCUGUCUGCUGCCUUAAGUUUUUAGGCAGUCUUAAAUUUUUUUGCAGAGGAAAUUUUCAUGAUCUUGGAAAUUACAAUGAAUUUUGACUUCUUCAACUUCCACGUAGCAUAAAAGGAUCAAGGUAUUUUGGUUCCAUUAUUGUUGCAAUGAUUGUUUACCCCAUUGAAGUCUUUGAGCUUUAUUAUUACUUCUCAGGUUUUGUUGAGCUUGAUUAUCCA